CGGGGGUACCGAGCAGCGGCGACAUGACCGCGGAACCCAUGAGAGAAAGCUUGAAGCCUUGAAAAAUCAACAAGGCUUGAUUACUCAGACUAGCAGUGUCAACACCAGUGCCCUUCAGGCAACUUAUUUGUUGUGGAAAGAAGUUUACCGCUAUUGUCUUUACUCUUGAUGGUGCUGAUGCUGAUUGGGUCAUUGCAAAAAACUGAUGGACUGCUCUUGGGCCAAGACCCACAACUAACUUGUCUAUGGAGUUUCUGCUAGAGAAUUGUCUGUCUUCUGAAGGAAUCACCAGCCAUCUUUAGUUGCAGAAGCCAUGGAAGUUUUAAUCUCACCUUCAUCCCUUAUUUCCGCAUAAAUGAAAUACAGACCAACCUUUAGACUUUAAUGUGAGGAAACACUAACCUGGGACCCUUUGCCGGACCUAUUUGGCUGUCGCUAGUCCAUGACAAAGAUAUUUGGCAACGUCCUAGGGAGGCCUUCAUUCAAAAUGAGUGAAAGCAAGUUGAAUACGUUGGUGCAGAAGCUUCAUGACUUUUUGGCUCACUCAUCCGAAGAAUCUGAGGACGCAAACUCCCCUCCAAGACUAUCUGUGAGCAAAAGUAUAGGUAAAAGUAGUGGGCCUGAAAAUAGUCCAACUCCAAUGGAAAACAACAGGGAAGAGGGCAAUAGCUCUUCAGAAAGAUCCAAAUCUUUAGGAUCAUCACGUUCAAAAAGGAAACCUACAGUUGUAACAAAGUAUGUUGGAUCAGAUGAUGAACAAACCUUACCUGAAACUGUAAAGGAAGAUGUUUCAAAUGAAAACUCAGAAAAUGAUGUUGAUAUGAAAAGCUUACCUAAAGGUACAGUGGUUGUACAACCAGAGCCAGUGCUGAAUGAAGACAAAGAUGAUUUUAAAGGGCCUGAAUUUAGAAGCAGAAAUAUCGUUAAAAUGAAACCUGAAGCUCCCAAAAAGCGUGGAGAGGAAGGACUGCAUGGAAUUGUAAGCUGUACAGCCUGUGGGCAACAGGUGAACCAUUUUCAAAAGGAUUCAAUCUAUAGACAUCCUACACUGAAAGUCCUUAUCUGUAAGACUUGCUACAAAUAUUAUAUGAGUGAUGACAUUAGCCGUGAUUCAGAUGGAAUGGAUGAGCAGUGUAGAUGGUGUGCUGAAGGUGGAAAUUUAAUUUGCUGCGACUUUUGCCAUAAUGCCUUCUGCAAAAAGUGCAUUUUGCGCAACCUGGGCCGAAAGGAGCUGUCAGCCAUAAUGGAUGAAAAUAACCAAUGGCAUUGCUACAUUUGCCUCCCAGAACCUUUGUUGGACUUGGUCACUGCAUGUGACAGUGUUUUUGAAAAUUUAGAACAGUUAUUGCAACAAAACAAGAAGAAGAUCAGAGUUGAGAGUGAAAAAAGUAAAAUAUAUGAUCACACACUCAAAUUUUCUCCAAAGAGAAAUAUUUCAAAUUGUAAUGGAGAAGAAAAGAAAUUAGAUGACUCAUAUUCUGGUUCUUUAACUUAUUCUUAUAAAGCACUAAUGGUGCCAAAAGACAUGCUUAAAAAGACAAAAAAACUGGUUGAGACCACAACUAAUAUGAACGCUAGUUUUGUAAGUUUUUUGAAAACGGCAGCAGAAAAUUCAGAAAUAAACUCUAUCAUACAGCUACGUCAGCUGAAAGCUUUUAAAUCUGUUUUGAGUGACAUAAAAAAAGCUCAUUUAGCAUUAGAGGAAGGUCUGAAUCAAGAGAUUCAAGCUUUGGAUGUUAAAAUCAAAGAGAAGAAUACCAAAGAGAAAAAAACUGAUAUUAAAAUAGAAAAAAAUGAGGUGAAAAGAGAUGAAGGAAAGGAACAUGCAGAGUUUAAAGAGGACACUGUAAAGUCAGUGAAAAAAGCUGUGUCAGAACAGCCUGAGAAUGAGUCCAUGGACCAAAACGUUCCAGCAACACAACAAACAGAAAGCAAGAAUACUAGCAGUGAAGAUAAAAAAUCGGAGACAAAUGAAGAGCCUCAGUAUGAACCUAAUAGUACUGAGGCUUUGGACAUGGAUAUUGUGUCUGUUCCUUCAUCAGUCCCUGAAGAUAUUUUUGAGACUCUAGAAUCGGCUAUGGAAACUCAGAGUGCAGCAGAUGAACAGGGCAAUGGAAGUACAGCAACAGAGCUAGAGACAGUAAAUAUGAAUAUAAAACAUACUACAGCUUCAAAAGACAUUAAAGGAGGUACCAAGUUAAAAGCAUCAGCUAAAGUAAGAAAAGAAUUGUUUGUAAAACUGACUCCUGUUUCCCUUUCUGAUUCUCCAGUUAAAGCUGAAGAUCAAGACAGUAAUCCAGUAAAGGGAGAUCAGAAUGCUGAUGUAAUACCCAAGGCAGAAAACUGUGAUUCUGGAAAAGAAAAUCAUUACAUUGGUAAUGAACACUCACCUGAAAAUGAAACUGUCCCCUUGGUAGAGGAAUCUGAUCUCAGGAGGUCUCCACGUGUGAAGACUACACCUCUGAGGCGUCAAACAGACAUGAAUCCUUCAACAUCUAAUUCAGAAGAGGACAGCAAUGACGCAUACUGUGAGAAGCACAAGCAAAAAUCAUCAACCCAGUCGCGGAGAAAAAAAGAUAAAAGAAAUUCUUCUGACAGUACUACUGAUCAUCCUAAACCUAAUAAGCUUUCUAAAUCAAAAAAAUCAGACAUAUUGGACCAAAGUUCAGAUUCAGAUGAGAUACCAGCAGUCCUUAAAGAAGUAGCCAUGAUGAGUCAUAGUUCCUCAGAUAUUGAUAGCAAUAGUGAGACAUCCAGUAAUAUUCAGAAGAAUGCUUUAAAUGAUCUAACAAAACAACCAGUGAAGUAUGAGAAUGGAAAGCGCAAAAGAAAAAGCUCCACUUCUGGUUCAGAUUUAGUUGCCAAAAAAGGCAAAUCAACUAAAGGCUCCACUUGUGCGAAAAAGAAACGACAGAACCCUUCAGAUUCUUCAAAUUAUGACUCAGGGUUAGAAAGAGAGAUAAAGAGUUUGAGUAAAAUAGAGUCUGCAAAAAAAGCCAAAAAGAAAUACCCCAGAAAAGAAGAGAAUUAUGAUUCUUCUUCUGAAGAACAGAAUAAGAAAGGAUCUACUAGUAAGAAAAAAAUAAUAAAUUUGAAGAAACAGCAGGUUGAAUCAUCUGAUGAUGCUGAGAAGUCAUCCCUAGAGAAAGAGGAGACUAAUCAUUCUUCUGAAGAUAAAAAAAUUAGGAAGGGGACAGCAGUCAAUGAAAAGAAAAACAGAGAUUUAAAAGAGAGAACUUCGAAGGGGAAGCAUGAUGGAUCAUCUGAUACUGAGAAAUCAUCCCUGGAGAAGGAGGAGAGUUGCCAUUCUUCUGAUGGUAAAAAGAGAGCAGAAGCAAAAGAAAAGAAAAACAGAAAUUUGAAAAAGAGAAAGGUACAGAAUGAUUCGUCUUUGGACGGAACUGAGAAAUCUGCAGAGAAGGAGCAGAGUUGUGAUUCUUCAGAAGACAAAACCAAGAAUAAAAAAGGAACAGAAGGUAAAGAAAACAAAAAAGAAAACUUGAAAAAGAAAAAUAAGAAAGAACAAGAUGGUGGUUCUUCUGAUGGAGAUAAAUCAUCCCCAGAGGAAAAAAGUGUCAUUUCCUCUGAAAAUAAGAGUAAAAAUGAAAUGGCAGUUGAGGAAAAGAGAGAGAGAAAUUUGAGAGAGAGAACAUCGAAGAAGUUGCAGAAUGAUUCAUCUUCAGAUGCUGAGAAGUCCCCAAAGAAAGAGGAGAGUUCUUCUGAAGAUGUUAAACAGAAUAAAAAACGAGUAGAAGCUAAAGAAAAGAAAAAAGUAAGCCACAAAAAGAAAACUUCCAAAAAAGAACAGAAUGACUCAUUGUCCUCUUCUGAUGAGGAGCCUUACGAAGACAAUAAAAAAAAGAAUAAAAAGAGUUCCGUGAAGGAGAAUAAAAAUGGUAACUUAAAAGUGGAAAAAAGAAUUUCUAAAAAACAGAAGGAUGACAUCAGCUGUUCCUCCUCAUCAGAUGAGGAAGAAAAUGAUGACCAGAAUUCAGCAGGCGAUGGAAGCAGUGAUGAGCAGAAGAUUAAGCCAGUGACUGAAAGCUUAAUACUGUCCUCCAGCACAGGAUUUUGUCAGUCUUCAGGGGAUGAAGGAGAGACUAAAUCAGGUGCUGUUCCAGUGGAGGAGGAGGAGGAGGAUGAUGACGAUCCUGAGAAUAGAAUUGCCAAGAAAAUGCUUUUAGAAGAAAUCAAAGCCAAUCUUUCCUCUGAUGAGGAUGCAUCUUCAGAUGAAGAAUCAGAUGAAGGAAAAAAGAAAACAGGAAAGAAAAAUGAAAACGCGGAAGAUGACGAGGAGAAUGAAAAGGAAGAUAAUUCUGAAUCUGAUUCAGAUGAUGAAGAGUCUAAGAAGCCUAGAUAUAGACACAGACUGCUGAGACACAAGCUAAGUAUGAGUGAUGGAGAAUCUGAGGAAGAAAAAAAAGGAAAAUCUAAAGACACAAAAGAAGGCAAACGCAGAAAUAGAAGGAAAGUGAGCAGUGAUGAUUCAGAUGACUCAGAAUUUCAUGAAUCUGGAGUUAGUGAAGAAGUCAGUGAAUCUGAAGAUGAGCAACGUCCUAGAACAAGAUCUGCUAAGAAAGCUGAGGCAGAAGAAAAUCAGCGCAGUUACAAGCAGAAAAAGAAAAGACGACGCAUAAAAGUUCAGGAGGAUUCUUCUAGCGAAAACAAUAACAAGAGUAAUUCUGAGGAUGAAGAUGACAAUGAUUCAAAAUCUCCUGGAAAAGGCCGGAAAAAAAUACGAAAGAUUCUUAAAGAUGAUAAGCUUAGAACAGAAACACAAAAUGCACUGAAGGAGGAGGAAGAGAGAAGAAAACGUAUUGCAGAAAGAGAAAGAGAGAGAGAGAAAUUAAGAGAGGUGAUAGAAAUAGAAGAUGCUUCACCUCUAAAGUGUCCGAUCACAACUAAACUGGUUUUAGAUGAAGAUGAAGAAACCAAAGAACCUAUAGUACAGGUUCACAGAAACAUAGUUACUAAACUGAAACCACAUCAAGUAGAUGGUGUUCAGUUCAUGUGGGAUUGCUGUUGUGAAUCUGUGAAAAAAACAAAGAAAUCUGCAGGUUCCGGAUGCAUUCUUGCCCAUUGCAUGGGUCUAGGAAAAACAUUGCAGGUAGUAAGUUUUCUCCAUACAGUUCUGUUGUGUGAUAAACUGGAUUUCAGCACAGCUCUCGUGGUCUGUCCACUGAACACUGCCUUGAACUGGCUGAAUGAGUUUGAAAAAUGGCAAGAAGGUUUAGAAGAUGAUGAGAAACUAGAGGUCUCUGAACUAGCAACUGUAAAACGCCCUCAAGAAAGAUCCUAUAUGCUCCAGCGAUGGCAGGAAGAUGGAGGAGUUAUGAUCAUUGGCUAUGAGAUGUACCGUAAUCUUGCACAAGGCAGGAAUGUCAAAAGUAGAAAACUUAAGGAAAUAUUUAACAAGGCUCUGGUUGAUCCAGGCCCUGACUUUGUUAUAUGUGAUGAAGGGCACAUAUUAAAAAAUGAAGCAUCUGCUGUUUCUAAGGCUAUGAAUUCUAUUCGAUCCAGGAGGAGGAUAAUUCUUACAGGAACACCACUGCAGAAUAAUCUUAUAGAAUAUCAUUGCAUGGUUAAUUUUAUCAAGGAAAAUUUGCUUGGAUCAAUUAAGGAAUUCAGAAAUCGGUUUAUAAAUCCAAUCCAGAAUGGUCAGUGUGCAGACUCCACCAUGGUAGAUGUUAGGGUAAUGAAGAAGCGUGCCCACAUACUGUAUGAGAUGCUAGCAGGAUGUGUUCAGAGGAAAGAUUACACAGCAUUAACAAAGUUCCUGCCACCAAAAUAUGAAUAUGUUCUAGCAGUUAGAAUGACAUCUAUUCAGUGUAAGCUGUAUCAGUACUACUUGGAUCACUUGACAGGUGUAGGUAGUGGCAGUGAAGGUGGAAGAGGCAAAGCUGGAGCUAAGCUCUUCCAGGACUUCCAGAUGUUAAGCAGAAUCUGGACUCACCCUUGGUGUUUGCAGCUGGACUAUAUUAGUAAAGAAAAUAAGGGCUACUUUGAUGAAGACAGUUUGGAUGAGUUCAUAGCUUCAGAUUCAGAUGAAACUUCAAUGAGUUUAAGCUCUGAUGAUUAUGCUAAGAAAAAAAAAUCCAAGGGGAAAAAAACAAAGAAAGAGAGUAGCUCAAGUGAAAGUGGAAGUGAUAAUGAUGUUGAAGUGAUUAAAGUCUGGAAUUCAAGAUCUCGUGGGGGUGGAGAAGGAAAUAUAGAGGAACUUGCAAACAACCCUCCAUUGGCUGUAAAGUCAGAUGAAGGUAAAGCCACAUCCUCUUCCAACCCAGGCAGCCCAGCUCCAGACUGGUACAAAGAUUUUGUCACCGAUGCAGAUGCUGAAGUAUUGGAACAUUCUGGAAAAAUGGUGCUUCUGUUUGAAAUUCUUCGCAUGGCAGAGGAGCUUGGAGAUAAAGUUCUAGUUUUUAGCCAGUCUCUAAUAUCACUGGAUUUGAUAGAAGAUUUUCUGGAACUGGCAAGCAGGGACAAAACUGACAAAGAUAAACCUGUUAUUUAUAAAGGUGAAGGAAAAUGGUUCAGAAAUAUUGACUACUAUCGUUUAGAUGGUUCAACCACAGCUCAGUCAAGAAAGAAAUGGGCUGAAGAAUUUAAUGAUGAAACUAAUGUGAGAGGCCGUUUGUUUAUUAUUUCCACUAAAGCAGGAUCCCUUGGAAUUAAUCUGGUGGCUGCUAAUAGAGUGAUUAUCUUUGACGCCUCUUGGAAUCCAUCCUAUGAUAUUCAGAGUAUCUUCAGGGUUUACCGCUUUGGGCAGAACAAACCUGUGUUUGUAUACAGGUUCUUGGCUCAGGGAACAAUGGAGGACAAGAUAUAUGAUCGUCAAGUAACGAAGCAGUCACUAUCUUUCCGAGUAGUUGACCAGCAGCAGGUUGAGCGUCACUUUACCAUGAAUGAGCUUACAGAGCUUUAUACCUUUGAGCCAGACUUGCUGGAUGACCCUAAUUCAGAAAAGAAAAAGAAGAGGGAUACACCCAUGCUGCCAAAGGAUACAAUUCUGGCAGAAUUGCUUCAGAUCCACAAAGAACAUAUAGUGGGCUAUCAUGAACAUGAUUCCCUCCUAGACCAUAAAGAGGAAGAAGAAUUGACCGAAGAAGAAAGGAAAGCAGCUUGGGCAGAGUAUGAAGCUGAAAAAAAGGGUCUGACCAUGCGCUUCAACAUGCCAGCUGGGACUAAUAUGCCCCCUAUCAAUUUCAACUCUCAGACUCCAUAUAUUCCAUUCAAUUUGGGAGCAUUAUCAGCAAUGAGUAACCAACAGCUAGAGGACCUCAUUAAUCAAGGAAGAGAAAAAGUUGUGGAAGCAACCAACAGUGUAACUGCAGUGAGAAUUCAGCCCCUGGAAGAUAUAAUUUCAACUAUAUGGAAGGAAAAUCUGACCCUGACAGAGACCCAAGUACAGGCCUUGGCCCUAAGCAGACAGGCAAGCCAGGAGCUUGAUGUUAAGCGCCGAGAAGCCAUCUACAAUGAUGUCUUGACAAAACAACAGAUGUUAAUCAGUUGUGUUCAGCGGAUACUUAUGAACAGAAGACUACAGCAGCAGUACAAUCAGCAGCAGCAGCAGCAAAUGUCUUAUCAACAAGCAGCAAUGAGUCAUCUCAUGAUGCCAAAGCCUCCAAAUUUAAUCAUGAAUCCUUCCACCUACCAGCAGAUAGAUAUCAGAGGAAUGUAUCAGGCAGUCUCUGGUGGUAUGCAGCCACCACCAUUGCAGCGUGCACCACCCCCAAUGAGAGGCAAAAAUCCAGGACCUUCCCAAGGGAAAUAAAUGUGAUUUUGCACUAAAUGGAUUGUUAAAAUCAGAGAGAGAACUUUUUUAUUUUUUUAGGAAUCAAUGGCUUAACAGAACUCAACUGCAUAAAUAGUU